CCAAAACGGAGGUUAUAUUCCGGGACCUGAUGCGAGAUCUUGAUUUCCUAGAGGGAAAUAUCUUACGUGACCAGCACUUAACUAACCUAUAGUUCUCAAAUCCUUGAAGCCAAAUGGCAUAACGUACUUGCUGCUUCACUCGCCUGGCUUUUGUAGAUAUGAGCGAAGCAGCGCAACUUGUCUUCUUUCUUCUAAUUCCAGCGGUCUGGGACACCUUCGGCAGCUUCCGCAAAGCUGUGGGGAGAUUUCAACAGAUGUCUCACCCCCAAGCGGGGAAUCUGAAUCCGACUCCAGACUCCGCUCCGCAGCGCAUGCGACGUGGUGCAAUGCAAUGCAAUAAAACCUUUUUCUUCCCUGUGAGCUGGCGAUACAGAAAAUACGCUGUUGGCUACCGAGAAACCCCAUAUCAAGACCCCAAUUCGAGGCUCAAAUUACGGUACGAGGAAAUCAGAAUGAGUCCCAAGAGCCAACUAACCUUGGUUACAUGAUUAUUCAUUUAUUCUGCGGCACCCAGAGCGGACGUCGUUUGUAGUCAAUGGUCCGUUGGUGGGCCUUUUGCAUCCACCAGGAAGUCCAUCUCACCUGAGUCGCCUUUAAGUGACCAGAUCUCCCAACUGCAACUGAUCAUACUAGACUAGACCAACCUAGGGCAGAUGUGUUCAAUUAAAGGGGUCCGGAGCCGCCCCGCGUUUUGUCUUUUAAGGUUCUUCUAGAAAUAUUCCAAGAUCGUCAAACAACCAAGGUAAGGAUUGAAGGCAAGGUGGACUUGGCACUUGUUUGGGAGGGAAGCAGAUCUUACGCCUCCGGAAACUGUU